AUGGCAAGUUUAACAGUUUUGUUGCGUCAUUUUGGCAAGUGGAACGAUGAGGGCAAUUACAUCGAUUUUUCAAUUGAGGGAAUACUGAUAAAGGAGUAUGCCUCCUUUAAUGAUCUGGUUGCUUCAAUUUCUAAUCAAGUGGAUCUUAUAUCCGGAGGUAGUUUAAAUCAAGGCGACAUUGUGCAAAUAGACGAAGCAGUUCAAAGGUACGAUUCCGAUACAGAUGAUACACUGGCUCUAGAUUUUGUCAAUUCAGGAGAAGCGAUUGGAGUGUUUGAACUCCACAAGGAUUUGAUAAUUUCAAAAACUAAUCAAAAGGAGGUUAUGUCUGGAUAUUGUGAAUGGAGGUUUAAGGCUUCAAGCAUUAACAAAUCAGAACUAUUCAAGGUGAGAGAAUUCAAUGAUAACCAUACAUGUCCGCUAAAGGACAAGGUGUAUGAGCAGCGGCAGGCUAGUAGCAGCCUUAUAGGUGGUAUGAUAAGUCCUAAGCUUACAAACCAUAAGAGGAAAUACACUCCAAGGGAUAUUACUGAUGAUGUGAAAUCAGAUUUUGGUGUAGAUGUUAGCUACAUGUUGGCGUGGAGGGCUAAAGAAAAGGCAAUGAAUUUUCUGAGAGGUGAACCGGCUGAUUCAUACAAAAAAUUACCAGGAUACUUAUAUACAAUGGAUAUGACAUAUCCAGGUUCCCACAUCAGAAUGGCAAGCACGUUGGAUGGUGCAGGUCAUAUAUUGCCACUAGCAUAUGGUGUUAUUGAUUAUGAGAACGAUGCUGCUUGGACGUGGUUCUUUGAAAAAUUCAAGAUAGCAUAUGGUGAAAGGGAAAACAUGUGCAUCGUUUCAGAUAGAAAUGAGAGUAUCAUUAAAUCUGUAUCGAGAGUGUAUCCAGAUGUACUGCAUUUUGCUUGUAUAUGGCAUCUAUGGAACAACGUAUAUAAGAAAUUCAAAAAGAGCCAUGCCAAGUUGAGCGAGAUAUACUUCUCGAUGGCAAAAGCAUACACACAAGCUGAAUUUGACAGUCUGAUGGAGAAGGUGGAGAAGGUAGAUAUUAGGGUGAAAGAAUACUUAGAGUUAGCUGGUUACGAAAAGUGGGCUAGGUUGUAUGCACCUGUUAACAGGGGAUGGACAAUGACGUCAAAUAUUGCUGAGUCAAUCAAUGCCGCACUAGUUUCAGCAAGGGAAUUGCCAAUAUACAACUUCCUCGAAGAAGUUAGGAAGAUGUUUGGACGUUGGAAUUGUAGUAACCGCAAAGAAGCUACACAGACAUACACGACGCUUGGAAAAAAAUACCCGGAGAUGCUGACUUUGAAUGAGGGAAUGUCUACACGUAUGGCUGUGGUACCAUCAACUGAAUACUUACAUACGGUUAACGAUGGUGGGAGGAAUUACACAGUCUGCCUGUUAGAGAGAAAAUGUGUUUGUGGGAGGUUCCAAGUUGAUGAAUUGCCAUGCCCACAUGCUUGGGCUGUAUUGAAGAGCAAGUUUCUAAUGCCAGAUGGUUCGGCAAAUUAUUAA